AUGAGUAAUGAGAGUUUGGGAGGUGAUUUCAUACUUGUGGGCUUUUCUGACCAGCCGAAGCUUGAGAAGAUCCUUUUUGUGAUUGUACUGAUCUGCUAUCUACUGACACUAGUAGGCAACACAAUUAUCAUCAUGGUCUCCAGUGUGGAUCCUAUGCUGCAAACACCCAUGUAUUACUUUCUCACCAAUCUCUCUUUUGUUGACCUCUGCCUUACUACCAGCGUUGCCCCUCAACUACUCUGGAACCUUCAUGGUACAGACAAGACAAUUACUCCGAUAGGCUGUGCUAUUCAACUUUAUGCAUCUCUAGCACUAGGAUCCACUGAAUGCAUUCUUCUAACUGUCAUGGCAUAUGACCGUUAUGCUGCUGUUUGCCGCCCACUUCAUUAUGUUACUGUUAUGCAUCCACGACUUUGCCAAUCGCUUGUAGGAGUGUCAUGGUUGAGUGGAUUGGGCAACACCCUGAUUCAGGGCACCAUCACCCUUCGGCUACCCCUUUGUGGGAACCGGAAGAUUUACAACUUUAUGUGUGAAGUCCCUACCAUGAUCAAGCUGGCUUGUGUAGAUGUUCACGCCAAUGAAGUCCAGCUCUUUAUGGCUUCUUUGAUAUUGCUUCUCCUUCCUCUGUCACUCAUUUUGAUCUCCUAUGGAUACAUUGCUCAAGCAGUGAUGAGGAUCAGGUCAGUUCAAGCCUGGCGUAAAGCCCUAGGAACAUGUGGGUCCCAUCUGUUGGUAGUGUCUCUCUUCUAUAUGACCAUUACAGCUGUCUAUAUCCAUCCCAACAGUUCCUAUGCCCAGAGUCAGGGAAAGUUUAUAACCCUUUUGUAUACUAUAGUAACUCCCACCUUGAAUCCUCUGAUUUAUACUCUAAGAAACAAAGAUGUCAAGGGGGCUUUGAAGAGGCUGGUGCAAAGAGAUCAGAAUAUAGCAGAUUAA